AUGGGUUGCAACACCCCGCGGAGGAGCCGCAGUGCCUGUGGUCGGGUGAGCGGCGAGGGAUGGCGCUUUGGCUCAAGUUUGCUCCUUCCUGAAGAGUACAGCAUGACAGAGCUCCAUGAAGCCGUGGCUGUGGGUGACUACGACCUGGUGAAAAAGAUUUUGAAGGCAGGUCACUGCGACCCAAACCAGAAGGAUGCUGACUGGCAUGACAGGACCCCCCUGCAUUGGGCUGCUGCCAAAGGGCGGUCGGACCUGGUCAGGCUCCUGGUGGAUCACGGUGCCCGGCCCUGCCUGCGGAGCGAUGUGGGCUGGACCGCGGCUCACUUCGCUGCCGAGGCGGGGAAGCUGCGGGUGCUCCGCGCCCUCCACUCCCUGCACGCUGCUAUGGAUGCCGCCGACCUCUUCGGAGACACUCCCCGGAGGCUCGCGGAGAUCUACGGACACCAGGAGUGCUCCAAAUUCUUGGAAAAAGCAGAAGUGGAGAGUAGGAACUACCACAGGAAAGCUGCACUGAGGAAAAUUCCCUUAGACCAGAGAGAUGAAGACUGGGAACUCAAGAAAGAAGAGCUUCAGAAAAAUCCACCAUGUUUUUGGGAGAAGUGCACGGCCUCUAUUCAAAAGAAAAACAGGAAAAAGAAGGGGAAGCAGUAG